AUGUUGAGGCCCUUGCAGAACAAAUUGUUCGACAGAAAUUCAAGAACUCAUACCAUUAGACCAGAACUCACAUCGUCUGACCCAGAACUCAUACCUCCUGGUCCAGAACUCAUACCUCCUGACCCAGAAAUCAUACCUCCUGGCCCAGAACUCAUACCUCCUGACCCAGAAAUCAUACCUCCUGGUCCAGAACUCAUACCUUCUGAGCCUGAACUGAUGCCACCUGACCCAGAAAUCAUACCUCCUGACCCAGAACUUAUUCCUCCUGAACCACAACUGAUGCCACUUGACCCAUAA